AUGUUCAAGAUCUCUGUAACUCAUCCUCAGCUUGUUCACCUUACCUUCCAUGGCGGUUUGGCUUCUUACUCUAUGGCUUUCCAUGCUGAUGGCAGUACUCGCAAGACUGAUCAUAAUCUCAGCGUCGAUGUCAUCGGCAACUCAGACUACAAUGCUCUUGAACAAUGCUUCUUCGCCAUCAAGGGCCAAGCGAAGUUGACCCCCAAGUCAACCGAAAGGAUGGCUCCCAGCACAUCCUCGUCAACCCCUCUCGAGUGA